AAUUUAGUGCCAUCCUGCGACCCGUACAACGCUGAGUUUAUGUUGACGUGUGUCUUUUGGCUACGCAGUUUUAGGCGGCUACCUACGUAAAUAGUAAAGCGAAUUUCCUGUAAAGUGUAUAUUAUUGUAUUAUUAUACUUAACAAUUGCAAUGGCAGCCGACUGGGAAGAAAUAAGACGUUUAGCAGCAGACUUUCAGAGAGCGCAGUUUGCAGAUACGGUUCAGAGGUUAUCAGAGCGGAACUGCAUUGAGAUCGUUGCCAAGCUAAUUGAGGAUAAGCAGCUGGAUGUUGUGCACACACUGGAUGGAAAGGAGUACAUCACCCCUGCUCAGAUCAGCAGGGAGAUUCGCGAUGAGCUCUACAUACGUGGAGGUCGGGUGAACAUUGUAGACCUACAACAGGUUAUUAAUGUUGACUUGGUCCAUGUUGAAAGCAGAGCCAAUGAUAUAGCAAAGUCUGACAGAAACACUCAGUUGGUUCUGGGGCAGCUUAUUGAUGAGACCUACCUGGACCGGCUGGCGGAAGAGGUCAAUGAUAGACUGCAGGAGGUCGGUCAGGUCCAUGUUGCUGAGCUUUGCAAAACUCAUGACCUUCCUGGGGACUUCCUGACUGAGGUGUUGUCCCAGCGUCUUGGCCGGAUAAUCCAAGGCCAGAUGGACGAGUAUAACCGCGGAGUGAUAUUCACACAGACAUUCCUGGCUCGUCACAGAGCCCGGAUAUGUGGGCUCUUCAGUGCAGUGACUCGGCCAACACAACUAAAUCAUCUGAUUAACCUGUAUGGGUUCCAGGAACACCUGCUCUAUUCCGUCCUGGAAGAGCUGGUGAAUAGCAGCCGCCUCAGAGGCUCCGUGGUUGGCGGCCGGCAGGAUAAGGCUGUGUUUAUCCCGGACAUCUACUCCAAAACGCAGAGCAGCUGGGUGGAUUCCUUCCUGGAGCAGAACAGAUAUUUGGAAUUCGACGCGUUGAACCGCCUCGGCAUCCCAGAUCCUGUCGGCUACAUUAAGAAACGCUUCCGCGGGAGAAAGCUGCUGUUCCUGCAGGCUUCCUGCGUGGACCAGACCAUCAUCCAGCAAGUGGAGGCUUCUGUCGAAGAGGCUGUCACCUCGGGCACUUGGAUUGACGUGCAGCCCCUGCUGCCCAGCUGUCUGUCCUCGGAGGACGUCGCCAUCUUGGUGAACGAAGUCAUGAGGGCCGCGAAUGUGCAGUCGUCGGCCCGGCUCCUGUGCGGGACCAUGGUGGUCAGCGAGAAGUUCAUCAGCAGCUGCCUGAAGUUCUUCGAGCAGUCCAUGCAGCAGAAGGCCCAGAAGGAAAUCAAGAACAACCCAGUAUUCCUGAUAUCCGAGGACGACCUGAAGCAGAACCCCACUCUGGCUGACACGGCACCCCCUGGGAAGAAGGACAGGAAGGAGGAGAGGAGGAAGAAAGCGGCAGAGGGCAGCGGGAGCACGAAAACGGGAGGAGGCGGCAACGCCAGGGAGAUCCGGAUCCGGAAGACAAAGAAGAAAGGCAGGAGGGAUGAGGACAGCGACGAGGAGGCGGCGACGGCCCCACAGGGCCGAAACAAACAAGCCGAAGUCCCUUUCAUGUCCCACGAGCAGGUGGAGGCCGUCCUACAGGAGCAAGUGUGUGACUGUCCUGAGGAAAUGAUCUCGGAGCUGGCGGAGCACAUACUCAGGCCGCUCACCAGGCUGUACCAGGAAGUCGUGCGGGCUGCCUUCUUGUCGACGUCCGGCGCCGGUCCUGGGGCUGGCCGGAAGCAGAACGUCAAGGAGCUGCAGGAGGAGAUCAGCAACCUGUACAACAACAUCAGGCUCUUCGAGAAGGGCGCCAAGUUAUUCCCAGAUGAAACCCAGGCCAGUAUUGCGAAACACGUCCUGAAGACCGUGUGCACAGACAUGACCAACGUCCUCCUGACCUUUGCCGCGGCUGAGUUCAUGAGCGCUGUGGAGUCUCCCGGCUCCGUCACGAAUGAAGUGAGGAUAAGAAUCCUGGCUAAGCUGCCAGAGGACACCAAGGCACCAAUGAUGAAGCUGCAUAACAGCCUGAACGGAAGAAGCAUUGAAGACUUCCUGACCUACUUAGAGCCCUCUGUUGAGGUGUGUGGCUUCAUGCUCAAGAAAGGAGACAAGAAGCGAGAAAGGCAGGCCUUGUUCCAGCAUCGGCAGGCUCUGACGGAGCAGCUGAAGCAGACUGAGGAGCCGGCGCUGGUGCUUCACCUGACCAGCGUGCUGUUAUUCCAGCUGAGCAGCCAGUGUGCUCUUCACGCCCCCGGCCGCUGCGUGCCCCAGAUCAUUAACGCGCUGACUGGCCGCAUCCCCGAGGGUCAGCAAAGGCUCCUGUCCCAGUACCAAGCCCUGGUGGUCAAGCAGCUGGUCAGCCAUAGCAGGAAGCUGCCCCAAGGUGAGAUGGAGGGCGAUUCCGGGGCCCCCCAUGGUGAUGACAUGGACGCGGUACGCAAGGAGCUUCUCUCUUUGACCAAUGAGGUGAAGGACCUCGCGUUGUCGCCGAGGAAGACAUCCGUUACGGAGGACUGAAGUACUGUGCUGUGCAAUGAAUGCGUUGCUGAAUAAAUUGUUUCUCCAACAAUGAAA